UAUAAGAUGCAGUGUCUGUCAAAUAGACUAUAAUGCAAUCUCGAUACUACAAUAUAAAAAAAUAAAUGUAUUUUAGCGGCGAAAAUAUCUAAAAGGCACAAAUUGAAUCGUUCCUGUCCUCGCGCCACCCCCGGCUCGUCCCAGUUGGUCCAGACUGGAUUAGAGCGCUGCAGCAUCAGCGGAUGAUCAGGAGUGAAGGCCGGGCCGCUGCGCCCCUCCACCAGCCGCAUGCUCCCGCACACCGGCAUCAGUCAGCCAGUAAGAAAUGCGCCGGGCAUUGUAGGGGAUAUUAACCUUUCUUUGGCAUAGACGCUUAUCAGAAACGGAUCUCCUCAGCAUAGCACUCGUUUAAAACUCUGCUUGAUGAAAUCACUGCAAGCUAGCAGCAACAUCACUUGGCAGCACAGGGGAGACGUGCUCCCGCGAGCUGAGCCCCGUACAUUCCUCCGUUCGCUGGAUGACAAAUGCCAAGCCUCCGCAUGGAGAUAUUUUAGUCGGAGCAUGGGGGUUUUGCGGGAAUGCGUGCGCCGCUGCUCGGGAAGACCGGUUGUGAUGUUUAACCGCUGCUAAAACGUUGACUGUGGAGCUCGUGUGUUUUUGCAGUCAGCACAAUCAAGGUGACGGCAGCUAGCCCGUUAGCUCGCGAGCUAUCCGGUUAGUGUGAGACAGGGAACAGAAAACGCGACGAGUGCGUUUGACAUCGAAAUAUCGCUAUUGAAUAAAUGAAAAACGAGAGCAGGCGAUAAACGUGGGCACUUUUUCUUUGCACGGUGCACUUCUUUAACGGAUAACAGUGCUCGUCGCUGACGAGGAGCAGAUGCCAGGACAUGCUUGAUACAUUCUGGGGGAAUAACAAAAAAAAAACUUGACAUAUCUAUCUGUAAUAUUGCAUAUCAAACUCGCGUGCUUUUUUAAUCAGCUGAAUAUUUUCAUAUUAACCCCCUAAACCCCGUGGGACGUCUUAUCGAUUCUGGCACUGUACGGUGUAUUAGGUGACUGCUUAUAAUCGGUGCCAAGCAAUAUUGUCGUAUCAUCACUAUAUUAAAAGCAUACUUGUAUUUAUUCAGAGAAAAAUACACCUGCUUUGUUCAGGUGCUGUGUAUAGUUUUUUUUUUUUUUUUUUUGCAACACACGGGUCUCACAAUCAGAGCGCCGGUAGCCUAAAAAUCAGAGUGGAUGCCAAAGCUCGGGACGGACAGUUGAUGACGGCGAUGAUUCACUCUACGGGAAUAUGAGGAAGUUACUCUGAACCGAGCACACGGCUUCGCGUUCACGAAACCCCUGCCGUUCCCGAUGGUGAAAUUAGCCGGCGGCUGUUUGAUGAGCAGCAAAGGAAAGCCACCUCUCCUCGGGUCGCCUCUGAAGUCGAGCUGACAGAAGCUGGUGGGGUUAGUCUGAAAAGGCUGGAGCAGGGUGUGACCGCACUUCGUUUAAAUGUUACAUGCAGCACUGUAUAGAACAGCGAAGCUCACUAUGAACGCAGCCUGGAAUUUCUACGUCAAUCCGUGUGGAUGACGCCGCCGCCGCCGCCAACGUUCCAAAUCAAAACGUCGCCGAGGCAAAAGUUGCUUUUUAAAAUAGUUCGUUUCGGCUAAAGAGCAGCAGGUCUGUUAGCCAUGUAGCUGGCUGCACAUGACCGGACUGCACUUCUCCGACUAAUGUCUAGGGUGUCGGGUCUUUUUUUAGUCUGUGUUGUGAGUGUACGUGUAGAUGUAUAGAGUAGUUAUUUUAGCGUCGUCGUCGUCGUGACACUUUCUGGUUGCUAUGGCAUUUUUAAACGGCCCCAGACUGCUGGACUGGGCAAACUCUCCUCCACAUUUACAGUUCAACAAAUAUGUCCUGACUGGCUAUAGACCCAUCUCCUCCGUCCAGGAGUGUAUCAAGAGUCUCUUCUAUCUGCACAAUGAGCUGGGGAACAUCUACACACACGGAAUCCCUCUGCUCUGUUUCCUGGUGCUUCUCCCGCUCAACAUCCCCUGGACACAGAUCAGCGUGACGUGGCUCGGCGUGGUGCAUUUCCUGGCCUGCCUGUCACCGCAGCUGGGCUCAGUGGUCUACCACCUCUUCAUGAACCAUGAGGGCGGCGAGCCCGUCUACAAAACCCUGCUCACGCUAGAUAUGUGCGGAAUCUGCAUGAUCAACACGCUAGGAGCUCUGCCCAUCGUGUACAGCACUCUUCUCUGCUACCCCUUCACCCGCACAGUGGCUCUGCUGAUGUACAUCCUGCUCUCCAGUUACGCCAUCUACUGUGCCAUCACAGCUCGCAGCAGAGUGCGCCGUCUGCGUUCCUUCGCCUGGCAGGCGCUUUUCCGCUUCUCAUUUUUCCUUCUGCGCUGGGUAGGUGUGGGCGGAGGAAGUCCCACCUCGCUGCGUCACUUUCUCACCAUGGAUGCACUAGCGGUGUUGGGCGGUGUCAUCAAUAUCACGCGAAUCCCCGAGCGCUUCCGCCCGGGCCUCUUUGACUACUGGUGCAACAGCCACCAGAUCAUGCAUGUGCUGGUGGUGGUGUCCAUACUGUACCUACACUGGGGGGUGCUGGACGACUUACUGUGGAUCAACACGUAUCACUGUCCCUCAGACUGACAGUGGCCCCUGCUAGUCUGGAAUCAUGGGUAAUAGGGCGUAAAGACCUCUUUUAGUAAUGAGAUGUUUGGGGGUGCGACGUAAUUGGGCAAGGAGUGGUUUGGGGUGGGGGGGAGGCUGUUGUGCUUUGUAUAUAAAUGUGUGCACGAAAGUCCAUAAGAAGUGUUUUACAUGUUUUUUAGGAGACACCAGUGCCAGCUUUGACACACAUGCUUGUUUGUGCCGUCAGUAGCCAGAAUGUACAUAUCUGCGUUUGCAUAAACAUUGUCUGUGCAUGGCACUGUUUAGAUCUGCUAGCUCAAACAAAGGCUAUUUAUUUAUUUAUUUUGGUUUGAGACCUACACAUUCUAUAGGCGCACACACAUGCACAUAUGGGGUCUGACAUUAUUUGAUGUCAUGUGUUCACCAGCGUUUAAAGCAUUUAAUAAAUAAUCUCUAAAUUUAGUUGUAGCUGAACAGUGAGAGACGUGAUCGAGCCCUCAAAUGAUUGGCUCUCGAAAAGUAAGAUUUUACGCAUCGCGUAAUCUGAAAUUCGUUGUACAAAAUAGCAUGGCUUUUACGAAAACUAAUUAUAGUUUAUCUCUAUUUUGCUGGUGACAAACAAAGAUCACCGGUGCAGAAAUGAUGUAUGCACCUCCAACUUUUAACUUAUUACUCUAUUGCAGACUAUGCAGCAUAUCAGAUGUUACAGCAGUGCUAAGACCACACACACACACACUCACACACACGUACUGUAAGCCCAGGUCUGAGAGCAACAUUUACUGGAAAUACUUGAGUUGAUUUUUACUUGUUUUAUCACACUUUUUUUGUUGUCUCUCUGUUCAGGUCCACAUUUCCCACAUUCUCACUCCGAUACCUGUAAGUGAAGGGUGAAGGGAUCAUUCCUUGGUUUGUAGCCUAGCCAUUUUUUACGUUUACUGGCUGGUUAAAGUUGCUGAGUGCCCAUUUUAUUUUUUAGCGCCCUCUGUGACUUUGAUCAUGUUUGUUAACAUCUAAGGGGCAUUCAUUCAGUGCGGUUUUUAACAGGAGCAUGACUUUAAUAAUACCCUGGGAAGCAUUUGACGUUGCCUGCAGAACAUAUUGUUUCUGCUGUGCCGCAGAACAGACGAUUCAGCCUCGUACACUCGCGGUUUUAAUAUCCUAAUCUGUAGUUUGGAAGAUUGGACUUUGUACCGGUCUAAAUUAGAUUUCAUUUCUUCCUGACCUUUAACCUCAAUUAUCUAUGUAACCUUGGAUUCGAGACAAGGCAAAUUAUUUUCUUAAUGGCGUGCUGUUUGCACAAAGGCUUCAAUUCUCUGCUGGCCAUCCUCGUCCACUGUGCACCUGAUGUUCCCGCUCAUCAGAUGUGGCAGAUGAAUAUUAGACUCCAGAAUGGAGCAAUAUUACGCAUGCCAAUACACUAUGAAUUCCCCAAUGAAGACUACGGGAUUAUUGGUACUGCUCACUUGUGCUAAAUUAAUGCUAUACAUGCAGAUUAUUUAAGUCCCCGGUAAUAGGAUGAACUUGAUUGGAUAUAAUUCAUAAUGACCCCUCCGAUUUAAGAAGAGUUGCCAAAAGACUUCAGGUUUAACAGAGCUGUUUAGAGACUAAAGCUAAACUUUAUAUAUACUUUAGAAUGUGAUAAACAUAAACUAAAACAGCUCUUAUUGCAGAUUGCACUAUGGAGACGUUGUUCCAAAUCAGCUGUAUUAUGCUGUUUUUGGAUUUAUUAGCUUUGCACACUAAUAUACUACUGAUCAAAACAAACCAAGGAUGACACUUUUAACCCUUCCAUGCUCACAAGUUUUAAAGAACUGACAAACAAAUAACACUGACACUUGACUGACACUUUUAGUGAGGCCGGUCGUUCAUUUCAAUUACUCACUCUCCAUAUCAUUAUUUAUUAUAUUUAGAUUGUUGCUUUGACAUUUGUCAAUGUUUGAAGAUUUUAUUUUAAUGCUACCACUACUGUUUUUUUUUUAAUAUUUAUGUAUCAUUUUAACCAGUUGGGGAUCAUGUGUCUUUACACAACUACAGUACUCUAGAGAGAUCAGACCUAUUAGUGUAGAACCAGUGCAUGUUAGGUAGAAUGUUGCUCAGAUGUAUCUGACAAACACUUACACAUACUCUAUGCCAAAUUAGAUGUGUUAGGGCCUCAGGUGUCGAGCACGACGGUCCUGAUCUUAGCAGACCAGGGUGGUUUUAAAAGCAAACCACUAUAGUCCCUCAGAAUUGGGGAACGUUUACCCAGACCCCUUUAAUGCUAUUAAAUGAUAAACAUUAGACUCUGCAAUCAAGUGGUGCAUGUAAUAUUAGUAAACCAAUCCCCUUAAAACACAACAUGCGAUUCCUAAUGCUUGCGCGAUGCAUCCACUGACAUAUGUGCUUAAUGUGCAGUAACGGAGCUAAUGCAUCAAAUAUAUCUGUCUUUAGAAGUGGAAUGAAAUCAAGAAAGCAGCCCAGAGGCAAUACUACCAUAUCAAAUAAUUAACUGCACUGUUUAUUUUUUUACCAAAAGGGCUUUGGAUCAAAGUGAAAACCAAUUAAGAACUUAAAAAGUCCAUAUAGGUAACGUAAAUACCUGUAUGUAGACUGUAUAUGCAUAAAAUGCAAGCGGCAUACAUACUGACAUUUUUAUAUAUUCAUAUUAAUAUAUAAAGCAACAAUGUUAUAAGAAGAUAUAUUGAAUGUUAACGUAUUUCAUCUCAGAGAGCGACACUCAAUAUGAAUUGUCCGAUUUCAUUUCAAAGGCAGCAGUGAUUCGAUCAUUCUGUAUCUGUAAAAAGCUAAAAUUGUGACAUCACAAUGACAGGCCUGGCAGGAGAGUUAACAAUGCUGUUAGAUUAUUUAGUAGGGUUAACGUCAUAAUAAUAUGUCUGUACUACUAUGAUGUCAUAAUGUCAUUAACGCGGUCUUCGGUUUUUAAACUGUUUAGAAGGGAUUGUAAUAUAGUUUGGUUGGUAGAAUUUCUUUUUUUUUUUAUAUUAUGAGAAGUACAGAGAGGCAUACAGAUGUUUUGGUUUGGAAAACGGGGGUCCUGAUAUGUUAUUACCUCUGAAACCCACUGGAUAACUAUGCAUAAUCGAAAUAUGUACACAGACACACACACACACAUAUAUUGUGUGUGUGUGUGUGUGUGUGUGUGUGUGUAUAUACACACACACACACACACACACACACACACGCACACACACACACAGAAACAUGUUUGUACAUGUGAAUUCCAAAAACAAGAUGUUUUACCAGUCCUGAAAAGAACCAGAUUUGUGUGUUCACACCAACAUGUUUUGCUCAGACCAUGCCAUCCUGGGGUUUCCUCUUCUCAGGGUGCCCUGUCAGUGCUCACUUGUACCGAGUGACCUCAACAACUGAUUUCGGGCCAGUUUUCUUUUCAUCCUGUCAUGUCUUCUUUGCUUGUUCUGGUUAAAACUGAAGACUGAAAAAAAUCGAUGACAGUUGUAUGUCUUUAAGGGCAAAGGUCGCGAUGGCUCGUCAGCCAUCAGGCAUUUGAACUGUGCAUCCUUCUUGAUGCAUAUUGCCUUCGUGGGGCCGAAUGUGUCCGUAAAUGCUGAUCAAGAAUGUGUUUAUUCAUGUAGUUAGUUAGGUGAUGUGAGAAUGUGCAGAGCAUGUUACAUUGAGCCCUAAAGGAAAUGGAUUGCAUCAUAACCCAUGUUUAAGAGGAGGAACAAGGAUGAUAUUCUCAUGGAUGAUGUUCUCCUGUCUGUAUAUUCUAAUGUCCUGUGGUAAAAAAAAAAAAAUAAUAAUAAUGACAUGAUGUAUGAAACUAUAAUACCUUUUUUUUCUUAGUAUGCAGGUGCUGGAUAGCCUGUUAAUGAUAAUUUAAAAACUACUCAUCAUUAGUUACAUUUUGCAUUAUUAUGAUAAUGGAUAUAUUGUUAUUAUUACUAUUAUUCUGAGAUGGGUUACCACUAUCAAUGAUAAUCUUAAUUUAAGUACAAAGGCUGAGAAUACUAAUGCACAGAGGAAGACGGGAGGUCUCUGAAAGAUCUGUCGUUUUUUUUGUUUCCGCUCCUGCUCGUGUGUUUUUGUUGAAUUUGGUUGUUUUUUGGCACCAUCUGGUGGCCACAGCGCUCUAUUGACCUUUAUGAGUCGGUAGCGGCAUAAAUGAUGUUCAGUUAAACCGAGCUGACCUGGAUGAACUGAGCCCCGCUGGCCGUGUAUCUUUGUUUUCUGUUGUUUUAUUAGGUGUCCUCAACUCAUUUAUUGCAAAAGUUACUAUAACUUUGGUUUUACAUAAACAUUUCUUGUUGUAAAUGGUUUCAUCUA